AUGUUCAGUAUUGUUGGAUCUCGUUUGUUCUCAAGGCGUCAUCCUGAUUUCAAGGAAAUGUUCAAAGAAAUUAAGGAUGUAGAAUUCAUGAAGAUGUCAGAACUUGUUGAGUUUACCUCAAAAUGGAUAAAGAGCAAAAUUGGAGGGGAACUUGAUAAAGCGGCUACAAUGGAGCUCUUUGAGUCAGAAUUGGACAAAAUAUCAAUGGAAGAGUUUUUUGAGUUGAAUCCUGGACUCCCUACCCAUCAAAGGAAUUCUUUCAAGUCAUAUGUGUCAAAAAGGGGCCUGACGAUUGUCGACUACAAGCUCAACUUCAGCCCCGACCGGCCGGCCGACAAGCUGCAUGCCCGGGUGUCCAAGCGGCUUGCCAACUGCUGUGAGCGCAACGGCGGGCUGUACAUCAAGCUGGGCCAGGCCAUCGCCAUCCAGGCCGCCCUCCUGCCCCUCGUGUACACCCAGGCCCUUGCAAGCAUCUUCGAUGCCGCCUGGCCGAUGCCCUUCCGCCACGUCCACCAGGUCCAUCGCGCUACCCUCAAGGGCUCCGCAACACCCGUCGCCGUCAAGGUCCAGCGGCCCAACAUCCCCAUCCAGAUCGAGCUCCUGCUGUACGUCUACCAGAAAGUCUUCGACCUGCCCGUGUACUCCAUUGCCUAG